AUUUACUGUGAGAGAAUGAUCAGUUUUGGAGAGAUUCUAACAGCCAUAGGAGAUUUUGGAUUAUUCCAGAAGCUUAUUGCUUUUGGGCUAAGUGUUCCAACCCUUUUAAUGCCCAUAUUUUUUUCCAGUUUUCUUUUUAUCCAGUCAGAUCCAGAGAGACACUGUAACACAAACUGGAUCCUCCGUGCUGAUCCUAACUUGACAACAGAUGAGCAGUUGAACCUGACCGUGCCCCGGGAGCAAGAUGGGACAUUCAGCAGGUGUCGGAUGUUUGUCCCUGUGAAAUGGGAUAUUAAUGCCAUCAGACAAUAUGGACUCAAUGAGACCACCGGCUGCCAGAAUGGAUGGAAAUACUACAAUACACAAUACGAGGCAACCGUAGUAACUGAUUUUGAUCUCAUCUGUGACAAAUCUUACAUGAUUGGACUUUCUCAGACGGCUAUGAUGACUGGUUUACUUUGUGGUUCAUUCAUUUUUGGACCUUUGGCUGAAUCGUACGGUCGCAGGAAAACCACACAGUUAACAGCUGUUGUGACAUUUAUAUUCGUCAUAAUCGUUGGCUUGUCUCCAAAUGUGUAUAUUUACAUGGUGGCACAGUUCAUCGUUGGAGCUGCAAUUGGAGGAUACAGAAUUAAUGCAACAGUAUUGGGUACUGAGUGGACUGGAGUCACCAGAAGGUCAGUUGUGUCCUGCCUGAGCCAGAUGUUUGGAGGUGUUGGGCAAUGCGUCAAUGUUGCCCUGGUCUAUUUUAUUCGAGACUGGAGAAUAGCACAGUACAUCAUGGCAAGUCUACAGGCUGUGGUAUUUGUGUACAUAUGGUGGAUUCCUGAGUCUGCAAGGUGGUUGUUUGGACAGGGCAGAACCCAAGAAGCCUGUACCGUAAUACGGAAAGUUGCAGCAAUAAAUAAAAUGAAAAUUCCAGAGAAUUUGCCAGAGCAGGUCGCUGAAAAACAGAAUAUCCAGACAGGAGGAGUCAAAGCAUUAUUUGCCUCAGUGGUGCUGGCAAAAAAUUUCUUCAAUCUGUCUUUUGCAUGGUUUUCAUUAAAUUUAGCUUACUUCUGCCUCGUCCUGAAUGUGGGCAAGUUUGGUCUCAGCAUCUUCUUGGUGCAGCUCCUGUUUGGAGUCUGUGAGAUACCAGCACAUCUCAUCUGUAUUUGGAUUCUGGAAGUGGUGGGGAGGAAACUAUCCCUGAUAUCGACCCUCCUGGCUGGAGUGGCUUGCUUCUUAACCCUGGCCUUUUCUCAAGAUAAUGCCGUUGCCCUAACAGUCCUUGCAACCAUCGGAAAGUUCUUUUUCAGCUGGUCUGGCUCGGUCUGUAUGGUCUAUGCUCAGGAGUUGUUUCCUACUUCUGUUAGGCAAACGGCAGUUGGUUUGGCAUCCACCAUGUUUAGACUAGGAGGGCUGGUUGCACCAUUGCUCAACAUGUUGGCCAGAUAUCACUGGUCCAUUCCCAUCACUAUAUUUAGCAGCCUCACAUUAGUCUGUGCAGGCCUGAGCAUCCUGCUUCCUGAGACCAGGAGGAUGGAACUCCCUGAUUCAAGUGAAGAGACUGAAAGCAACAAAAAUAUGAGCACCAAGAAGAGCAGCGAGGAUUCCAACAUGGCACAUGUCACCAUGAGUUCAACCAAACUGUAGUCAGCAAAUAUCAAUUAUCAUCUGUUCAGUAGAAUAACACCAACUGAAUUUGAUGGUUUGUGAUACUGGAGCUGGACAAAUU